AUGUUCAACACGGAUUGCUGCUGCAAGGCUGAGGGCAACGAAGUGGUAGAGGUCGUCUGGAGCGAGAACCCAAAGUUCUUCCGAGGGACCGACAAGAGCUCCUACACACCGCUCUUCGGUGCCGUUCUCGGCAGCAAUCUGGACGAAAACUCCGCUGUCCCACGGACUGCCCCAUCCGAAUCGACAGCGCCGGUGGCACCUUUACAUCGGAUAGAGGCAAGAAGCGAGCCCUCGACGAAGCAGCGAGGCCCGCCUCUGCCUGUCUUUGAGGAGGAGGCAGAGGCAGCGCUUCAACCUCCGGUGCCUUCGCGGCCUGAAACCCCUGUUGCUGCGUGGUCAUACCAUGACAGUCCGAAAGAAGCCGAGCCAGAGUUGCCAGCGAACUUCAGCCCGGCGUCGCGGGCUGAUACGACGGAGCGGCAUGAGAUGCCGCAGGAGGGAACCUUCAUCGUGAACCUUGAAAAGGUUGAUGGUGACGACAUCGGCUUAGACUUCGACACCAUGGACGCGAAGGUCUUGCUAGUCAGCCAAGUACGUAGAAGUGGCCUCGCCACCCGCUGGAAUGCUACAGCUGCAGAGGAGUCGCAGAUUCGGCCGUUUGAUCGUCUCCUGGAAGUCAAUGGCUGCGGUCUCCUUCCAUCGGCGGAGCUUGUGGACGUCUUGCAGGACUGCGAUGCUAACAUCCAGCUGCGAUUUGAGCAUCCAGAUGUCAGAGAAUUCAGCAUCACCCCAGAUGGCCGCAAGCUGGGCCUGGGGCUUGAGAUGAGCAAGAUGACACCUAGUUUGCGAGUCAGGAAGUUGGACCCCGCAGGUGCGGUGCAUCUGAGAUGUUCGGAGGACAACGCUCCGCACAUGAAGCCACAUGACAGGAUAGUCCAGGUGAAUGAGGAGAGUGACAACGUGGCACGAAUGGCCAAACAGAUGGUGAGUCGUGAGGUCAGCUUCAAAAUUUACCGGUAUACGUUGGAGAUGGAGAGCUCCGUGAUACAAGCAAUCUGA